AUGGCGUCCUUCUCCCCCACCACUGCCCGCGCCAAGUUCCCCGCCCUCCAGCAAUCCCACCAAAUAUAUUUCGACAACGCCGGAGGCAGCCAAGCUCUAGGCACAGUCGCAUCAUCGGUGAAAGACUAUCUCGAAGAGACCAACGUGCAACUUGGCGCGACCUAUGACGUUGCGAAGCAGAGCACCGAGAGCUAUGGGAGGGGAUUGGAGGCCGCGGCGGGUUUUAUGGGCGCUGCGAGCGAUGAGAUUGUGAUCGGCCCGUCAACAACCCAGCUCUUCUCCAACCUCUCCCUCAUCCUCAAUCUUUCACCCGGCUCCGAAAUCAUCAUCUCCUCCCUCGACCACGAAGCCAACAUCUCCCCCUGGGUACGCCUCGCUAAGUUGUACAAUCAUACAAUCAAAUGGUGGCCAGCCGCCCCCGCUUCUCCGACUCACACGUCCCCCUCCCCAAUCCUCACGUCCGAGAACCUAAAACCGCUUUUGUCGGAGAAGACCGCGUUGGUCACAUGCACGCAUGCGAGUAAUGUGCUGGGGACGAUACACGAUGUGAAGGAGAUUGCGCAGACGGUACAUAUGAUUCCUGGCGCGAAGUUAUGUGUGGAUGGAGUGGCGUUGGCGCCACACAGAGAGGUUGACGUCAAAGCUUUGGGCGUGGACUUCUACGCUUUCUCGUGGUACAAAGUCUACGGUCCCCACAUCGCCAUCCUCUAUGCAUCCCGCGAUGCUCAGCGCAACCUAGGCUCACUAGGCCAUUACUUCCACACUGGCACCAAUCUCGAAACGAAAAUCGGCCUUGCGUCGGCCAGCUACGAACUCGUAGCUGCACUCCCUUCGAUCGUCUCCUACUUCGGGCCCGAUAAAUCCGCAACAUGGGCCGCCAUCGCGGCACACGAGGAGAAGCUACAGGGCAUACUUCUGAGAUACUUGCGAAGCAGGGAUGAUGUGACAAUACACGGCGAGAAAUCUGCGGAUAAGGAGUUAAGGGUGCCAGUUGUGAGCUUUACGGUUAACGGUAGGAGCUCGAAGGAUAUUGUGGAUGGCAUUGAGAGCAAGUCAAACUUUGGGUGCAGGUGGGGGCACUUUUAUAGUAAGAGGAUGGUGGAUGAUCUGCUGGGGCUGGGAGGUUGUGAUGGGGUCGUACGGGUCAGUAUGGUGCAUUAUAACACUGAGGAAGAAAUAGAGAGGUACGUAAAGGUGUUGGAUGAGGUGCUGUCAUGA